CUUUUCGAUCUACUUUUGUGGGAGCCUCAGCGACAGCAGCAGCAGCAGCAGCUUGUGUGUGUUUCUAACAGAGGGGACGAGCAGCAAAAACCAUGACACCGAUUCUACUAGGAGUGUUGGGGUGCUCCCUGGUCCUGUCUGUACAAGCCUUUUACUCUGCUAAUGAUGAUGUUGUGGAGCUCAAUCCCUCCAACUUCAACCGAGAGGUGAUCCAGAGUGACAGUCUGUGGCUGGUGGAGUUUUAUGCUCCCUGGUGUGGUCACUGUCAGAGUCUGACUCCGGAGUGGAAGAAGGCGGCGACGGCUCUAAAGGGCAUCGUGAAGAUCGGCGCUGUGGAUGCAGACCAGCACAAGUCAAUGGGAGGUCAGUAUGGAGUCAGAGGAUUCCCCACCAUCAAGGUCUUUGGAGCCAACAAGAACAAGCCGGAGGACUACCAAGGUGGCCGCAGUAGUCAGGCAAUCGUGGACGGAGCCAUGAAUGCUUUACGCUCUCUGGUGAAAGAUCGGCUGAGCGGCAAAUCUGGCAGCUCUGGCUACAGCAAGCAGCAGAGCAGCGGCGGUGGCAGUAAGGAGGAUGUGGUGGAGCUCACUGAUGACAACUUUGACAAGAUGGUACUGGAGGGUAACGACGUGUGGUUGGUGGAGUUCUUUGCCCCCUGGUGUGGACACUGCAAAAACCUGGAGCCUGAGUGGGCAGCUGCAGCCACUGCUGUCAAGGAGCAGACCAAGGGCAAAGUUCGCCUCGGAGCUGUAGAUGCAACUGUGCACCAGGCGGUGUCCAGCCGCUACGGGAUCCGUGGAUUUCCCACCAUCAAGAUUUUCCGCAAAGGUGAGGAGCCCGAAGAUUACCAAGGAGGCCGCUCUCGAGGUGACAUCAUCGAGAGGGCUUUGGAUCUGUUUUCUGACAACUCUGCUCCACCUGAACUGCUGGAGAUCCUCAGUGAAGACAUCUUGAAGAAGACGUGUGAGGACAGCCAGCUGUGUGUCAUCGGUUUCCUGCCACACAUCCUGGACACAGGUGCAUCAGGCAGAAACGGUUAUCUGGAGGUGAUGAUAAAUAUGGCUGAGAAGUACAAGAAGAAGAUGUGGGGAUGGAUGUGGGCCGAGGCUGGAGUUCAGAGGGAGCUGGAGGCCGCUCUUGGUAUCGGCGGAUUUGGUUACCCCGCCAUGGCCGCCAUCAACACACGGAAGAUGAAGUUUGCUUUGCUCAAGGGCUCCUUCAGUGACGCUGGCAUACACGAGUUCCUCAGGGAGCUCUCUGUGGGCCGUGGCUCGACUUCCACUCUGGGAGGCGGUGUCAUGCCCAAGAUUGCAGCUGCUGAGCCCUGGGAUGGCAAAGACGGACAGCUUCCUGUUGAGGAGGAGUACGACCUCAGUGACGUAGACCUGGAUGAUGACUUUGACAAGGAUGAGUUAUGAACCUGAACAGGGCAGGAUUUGAUCCAGACUGGCUCGGUUGGAUCCGGUCUGGUCCGAUCCUGUGUGACCCGCCUUCUCUCUCCUGUGGACGAAUAGGAGGCCCGGUCGCCAGGUUACUGAAAUACUGCAGAAAAGACACAUGAGAGACAUCUGCAGUUUCUCACAUCAUCUUUGUCUGUUACAUGAGGAGGAACAGGAGGGAGCAGGCAGUGUGUGUCGCUGGAGUGAACUCUGCCUCUCGUACAUGGUGAACAUCAGAGGCUGAAGAGAGGAGGGAAGAGGUUCUGAAUGUGGCUUUUCAGUUUUCCAUUCAAGUCUUCUUUUUUGUUUUGUUUUAUACUGCUCCCUCCUCCCGUCUUCAGCACCUAUUUGAAAUGAUAAAGUAACACUUCAAUGUCCAACCUGAUGUGACUCUAUUUUUUUGUCUUUUUAAAAACAAGUGUGAAUCUCUGUGGGUUUACAUCAUAUCUGUCAAGGACCUGGGGGAUACUGUGGGACUUCUUGUGUAGAUUUUUCUUACACGACUUUAUUUCAAUUGUGUGAAAACAAAUUGACAUUUUUGUUACAAAAAUAAAAAGGAAUAAAAACGA